AGGCGGCAUCGCCGCAGCGCGCGCGCAGGCGCGCGCGCCGGUGCCGCCGCGGGCGGGGGGGCGAGCGGCGCCGCGGGGAUCUCCGGGCGCGGGCCGCCAUGGGCUGCGGCGGCUCGGUCGGCCAUCGGGACCAGGAGCUCCAGGACUCGCGGAGGGAGCUGAGCGAGGAGCGCGGGCGCCUCCAGGCCAAGGAGGAGACCAUCUCGUCGCUCCGGACCAGCCUGCGGGACAGCGAGCAGGCCUCCAGGGACCGCUCCGAGUCGUCGCGGUCGCUGGAGCUCCUGAGGUCGGAGCUGCAGGCGCGCCAGGCCGUCCACGACCUGGAGCUGCACCAGCAGCGGGAGAGACUGACCCAGGAGCACCGCCAGCAGAUGUCGGCGCUGCAGGAGGAGCGGGUCGAGGCCUCGCAGGUGCACACGCUCAAGCUCAGCGAGGAGGCUUUCGGGCGGCGCGCCCUGGACGAGCGGCAGCAGGCCCUACUGGAGAAGCUCCAGGACAGCGUCCAGUCGGAGGUCGCGCAGUACCGCCGGCAGGCCGAGGACGCGGAGCGGGAGCUGCGGCGGGCGGAGGCCUCGUGCGCGCCCCUGCGAGCGGAGCGCGGCGAGGCGGCCGAGGCCCUGGCUGAGGCGCGCGGGCUCCUGAGGAGCGAGCAGGCCGAGCACGCGUCCUCCGCCAGCAGGGUCCGAUUCGACGCCCUUCUCGACGAGCAGAACGUGGCUCCAAGGCAACGGGAAGGCACGGGCGGGACGCUCGGGAGUUCGGAGGUGGCGCGAGCGCGCCUCGGCCUGCCGCUGUCCCCCCCCGAAACCCCGCCUCCCGAGCCCCCCUCCAGCGCGCUCCCCCGCCC